GUUGACAAAAGCUGCAAACGAUCGGAGUGGCCGUAGCAGUCAUGGCGGAGCACAAGGCGGCCAAAUCGGCCGACGCUUCAACAGCAACAGCCGAGGAGGCGUCGUGGAGCGGUCUUUUCUCGGAGGUCUUUCUGAGCCCACUGAACGUGGUACUCGCCUCCAUAUGCAUUUACCUGAUCUACAAGAUAUUCUUCAGCAGACAGCACAGCCGGAGCUCCGAGGUGAAGCGUGAGCCCGAGCUUCCUCCUAUGAAAAAGCGGGACAUGACUCUCGAGGAAAUUCGUAAAUACGAUGGCACCGGUGAAGACGGCAGGGUGCUCGUGGCUGUAAACGGAAAAGUUUUCGACGUCACGAAAGGACGGCAUUUCUACGGUCCAGGUGGACCCUACCAUAACUUUGCGGGCUGCGACGCCUCUCGUGGUCUGGCCACUUUCUCCGUGGAGCGGCCCAAGGACGGUUACGAUGACCUCUCUGACCUGAACCCAAUGGAGAUGGAGAGUGUCCGAGAGUGGGAGAUGCAGUUCACAGAGAAGUAUCACUACGUGGGGCGUCUGCUGAAACCGGGUGAAGAGCCGACUGACUACUCUGAUGAAGAGGAGUCAUCAGCUACAGACUCUGCUGCCAAGAAAGAUGGCGGUGAUCAGUCUGCCGCUGCAUCGGGUGGUGACGCUAAGCCGCAUGCGGACUGAGGGGCUACACAUACACACAUUGCUGCCUCCGCCAUCGCCCAACUGCCAUGGGAACAUAUCUUCAUUUUGUCACUGUUUCUUUUUCUUCUCCAAUGUGCGUGUGUGGCCAGGUUCUUUGCGCUGUGCCUAGAGGAGGUCGUGCUGCUGAUGUUAGGUAUCGUGCUGUGCUCGUACUACGCAAAAUGGUGAAUACAUAAACUGCCUUGAUUGUUGCGUGUUUGCAAAUGCUCUGCAUUACUGUAGUGCAAAUGAAGGUAAGUGUAUUCUGGUAAUUUGAUGUAAGUAGAGGUUGAAGGCAGUCAAGACCCGAGAAAAUUUAUGCCGUUCUUCCAGACUGGAGCGGUCCGUGUGUAAACACAGUCUUAGUGCAGACGCUUGCUCUGUGACGGACAUUGUAUGCCUUCCGCCAGUGCUUCGAAAAGGGUACAAAUAACUGCGCAUCUAAGUGGAUGCAACAGUCUAUUCGGCAUAGUGAGCAGCCUCGCAUUCCUGUGGCCACAGUUCAAGGAAAAUUCUGGGGCACAAAUAAUUGGCUCUCAUCUGCCUAUUUUGGCAACAUUGUUUGUGCACAAUGCUGCUGUGGCUUUUUUGAUGGAGCGAGCAGGAUGGAGUGUCGUACGCUUAUCUACAUAACGUUAAUUGAUGCUUUAUAAUUUAAAAAAUUGUUACGCGUAGGCGUGGGCAUAUUGAAGUCGCCGCGGUUUUGCUUUACGAACCGAGCACCCUGGGUCGUACUUUGCAAUUGCCACGGCCUGCCACUGUGUUACCCAGGCUGGUGUGCCCAGCUAAACACAAGUUUAAUUGUUGUCACUGGUAGCUUUACAGCCAGUGUAAAUUUCACGAUGGACUCUCACUUAUGCGAUGCGGCACCCUGACCUGCCACUGUGUUCACAAUUGCCAGUGCAGCAGCAGUAACUAUGAUGUCGCACAUUUUCAGGCCUUGUGUGUUUUAAGUAAGUGCAUGUCUAUUCGUCUUUUGUUCCGUUUCCUCUCUUCUGUUUCGAGCAGCCCUUUUUUUCUCACCCAACCCCAUUAUAGCGUUGUUGUAUGAGCAAAGGAAAACCUGCCAAGAAUGCCAGAUGCUGCUGCUACUGUGGCUGCAUUCAUCUUUGGUGUGCCUUUGCAACACGGCAGCUUCCACAUUUCUCCUUUGCCCCAGUGCUGCACCUGAUGCAGCCAUGGGUUAACAUUGCAUAUAUAUUUUGUGGAGCAUCAGUUGGGUCUUGCAUUUGGAGAGUGAGAAGUGCUUGUUUUUGCUUCUUGCCUUCCCGUUUCCACGCACAGACUUGUACAUAAUUACUAUUCUUGUGGGCAUGUCCUCAGUUCUAAAUACUUUUCUUUUAGAUGACAAUGGACACAACUGUGGCUGUUACCAUGCAGUGUGUAUAGAAAAGCUACUUGUGUGCAUGGUGGGUGUCUGUGUGAUUAAAGAAAGAAAAGUGGGAUAUUCCAAACAAAAA